AUGGUACAUGGUGCAACGUCUCGUCAAGGCAAACGUGGUGCCUUAGGGAAAGCAAAACAAGGUCAUGGUGUCACUGGUACAGGUGUUAACUUGAAUAGGCGGAAGAAAUCAAAGCUUAUUGUAACAUUUGAUCCAGAUAAGCGCAAGGAAUAUUUAACCGGAUUUCAUAAACGUAAACAAGAACGUCGUCGUUUUGGUCUCGACAUGGAGGCGUAUAAAGUGAAAAAACGUCAAUUAGAGGCCAAGAAACAGCGACGAGAAGAGGAAAAGGAGAAAUUGGCAGCAUUGAAUUUAUAUGACGAGAACAAAGAAGAAGAAGAAGAAGAAGAAGAGGAGUAUGACUCGAAUACGUCCAAGAACAAGAUGGAAUCAUCUUUAUUGGGUGGAAACAAUAGUGUCAUCAAGGUGAUGACUUUCAAUGAUGACUUUACACAGGGUAAAUUUGGUGAUGUAGUGACGGUCACAACGUCGGUCGGUGAUCUACAGAGUGAUACCGAUGACAGUGGUAGUGACUUGGAGGUUUUUGAGAAUGGACAUGACGAGGAAGAUGCGGAUAAAAUGGAGCAUUCUGCAUUUCAUUUGAUGAAAAAGAAGAAGAAAUUUGAGCAGGAAAAGCAUUUGACACUCUUUCAACGAAUACAACAGCAGCGCAAGGGCAAAGCACUGCCGUCGAAGCGUUCUAAACUGAAAGAAGCGCGUACAGCGCGUAAGGCCAGGAUGGGUAAGAAAAGUACUAGCAGUGGCACCGUUACAAGUAAGAAACGCGGCGUAGAGGAUGGCGAUGGAAGAAGUUCUGCCGUGAAUAAGCUCAACAAGAAGCUUAAGAUGAAAAGUAGUCAAAGUGGUGGCAAGAAGCGUCAGAAGACGCGAUAG